AUGGCAUCGCCGGCUGGCACAACUCCCAUGGCCACUGUCCUCGCAACGGCUGUCGCCUUAACAGCAGUGUUUGCUCUGCUCAGAAGGGCCCUCUAUCCAACCAGAGUCAAAACCAUCACAGGCCCUCUCCGGUCAAUCCUACCCCAGCUAUCGAGCGACCAAAUAGCUCAGCUAGAGUAUCCACCUAAUAUCUUUCCCGGGGCCCGAGAUGUUGCGACACCGUAUGGCUCCAUCCGUGUAUAUGAAUUCGGACCUGUCACUGGCCGCAAGGUCUUGAUGGUACAUGGUAUCUCGACCUCCUGCCAGACUCUCGGUCGCAUUGCCCGCCAGCUCGUCGACUGUGCCGGCUGUCGAGUGAUGUUAUUCGACUUAUUUGGCCGUGGUUUCUCCGAUGGUGUCGGCGACUUGCCUCACGAUGCGCGUUUGUAUUGUUCCCAAAUGCUAUGUGCUCUCGCCUCCUCACCCGUGGCAUGGACCGGAGAUGGUGCCUUCGACCUCCUUGGCUACUCCAUGGGUGGCGGGGUAGCUGUUCAUUUUGCGACUGCUUUCCAUGGCAUGCUGCGUUCCCUCAUUUUGCUGGCCCCUGCUGGCCUCAUUCGGCCACAGCGGUUUGGUGUGGGCGCCCGACUUAUCUUCACCUCCGGCAUUGUUCCUGAGCGCCUCUUAUCGUAUCUCACCCGGCGUCGUCUGCGUAGGCCACUUGCAGACGGGCAGAAGGCGAGAGAGCGGCAGGUUUUGGCUGAAAAGAGACCACCUGCAGUGCUGACCACGGACGAAGGCACCGUAAACCCCCUCGAAGUGGCUGUGACAGAGACCACAGACAAGCGCGGUACCGCCGCAGAACCUCAUACCCCCGAACCUCAGGGCGUCAUCUGGAGUCUGCAAGUGGGGCGGUAUGUUCGGUGGAUGCUGUCUCACCAUGAUGGUUUCGUGCCCGCCAUUAUGAGCUGUAUUAGAGAUGCGCCUCUUGUUGGCCAAGAGGCCUCGUGGACAGAACUAGCACGGCUCGUGCGUGGCGGUGAUACAGCGGACGGUAAGCGACAGCUUCCUCUUUGCAUUGUCCUUGGCCGCCAUGACAACGUUGUGGAUGCGUGUGACUAUGAAAAAGACGCAUUGCCGAUGUUUGGCGGUUCGGGAUCCAGCAACGUAACUUGGACCGUGGUGCCAGGUGGCCAUGACUUCCCAAUGACAUACUCAAGACACGUGCUCCGAGCUAUUUUUGAUUUCUGGGUCGAGCCGAGCACCACUGUGGCCAAGCUCGAGGCUGUGGAUGAGAGAGAGCUCUCAAUGGAGGGACAUUUGAUAAAGCUGGGCCUGGGCGCGACUGCUAACAAAAUCGAGAACGGUAAGGUGGAAGGUGGCAAGUGUAGGCCGGCAAGCAUAGAGAGUAUUCCUUGA